CCACUUUUGCAAUUUGCAAUGAGAUUUUAUUCGUCGGUGCCUUGGUGGAUUUUCAUUGCCACGGUGGUGGCUAGGCACAGAUGGUGCUAUUCUUAUCCCGUUGAGAGUUGAUAACAGUGGAAAUCGUGUGUAUUACUUGUAUUUGCCCUGGUGAUCCUUAUUUGAGCCUCUGGGGUUAUAAAUACUUUGCUUUUCCUGCUCUAUUUUCUUCCUAUAUUUCUCUACUUAUCAAUCAUAUCUACAUCUACUACUUUCUCCAUACAUACUUUGGGGUUUUAUCUAAUCCACCACACUACACACAUACAUACAUACAAACCUUCCACACACCACCACCACCACCACAAUAAAAAAAACCACCACCAAAAUGAAAUACGCCCUCACCUCCCUCCUCCUCACCACCGCCCUCCUGGCAACCCCCACCCUCUCCACCCCCGCCCCAGACGUCGUCAGCGACGCCAUCGUGAUCGCCCAAACCGCCGUAUCCGGGGGCGAAUCCCUGGCCACGAACAUCGCCAACGACGCGACCUCCAUUGCCUCGGACGUCGCGACCGGCGGCGCAGCGGCAUACUCCUCCCUGACGUCCGCGGGCGGAGACGUAGCCUCGAACGCCGAAUCGUGGGGCACGUCGGUGGCGUCCGACGCACGGUCCGAUGCGUCGGCGGCGGCAUCGGAUAUCCGGUCCAAGGCGUCGGAUGUAGCGUCGGAGAUCACUUCUCGGUGGGAGAGCGCGACGACGUUGACGGGGUCGAAUGGGCAGCCGACGAGUACGGAGACGAUGAGUGGGAAGACGACGCUGACGGCUAGUACGGCGAGUGCGACGGGGAGUGCGGCUAGUACUGCUAGUGGAUCCAGUGCUAGUGCGACGAGUUCGACGAGUGAGGGGGCGGGUGUGGCUAUGGCGACGCCGGGAGUUGGGUUGGGCAUGGGGGUUGCGGGUGUUGCGGGUGUCUUGGGGGUUAUGGCUGCUUUGUAAGGAUGCAGUUGAAUUGAGCUGAAGGGGGUUUGAUGAUGGAUGGUUGAUGAUUGAUACCAAUGUAUAUGAUGUUUUGAUUUGAAUUAUAACAUAUCAAGUUGUUUCAUUCUUGUCUAUUAGUAUUGGUAUAUGUAAACUGUAUAAUUAGUAGGAAGCACUAGUAUGCGCCUCAUCUCUCUUCUCUGCUGUCUCUGACUCUGGCUUCUCCUCUUCUACCCCGUCCACUGUCAUCUUCGGCCCUGUGUACCACUUGCGCGCGAACAGGAAGUAUUCAUAUCGGAUGCUAUAACACAUCAAGUUAGCACAAUUCACCACAAAAUGACCAUAAUUUUAUGGGUCUGGGAAAAGGGAUUAACAUACGACUCGGAUUCGGCCCC